ACUUUUAAUUUACUUUGAUUAAUUCCUUUCUGGGUUUCAAUGAUUUGAUUUGUAAUUCUUUUUUUUUUCUUAAUCCUUUGUGGUGCUUGACUUAGUCAUUCAACUGGGUUUUUGAAGAUAUCUGGAGAAACUGAAAUUCUUAAGGAUAUCUGUUAUACUUGCUCAAAGUUUGUAACUGUCUUUUUGGAAUGGAGAAAAUGAACUCCAAAAUAGAGGAUGAUAAGAAUAAUGUUGGUAGUGAUUCUAAUAAUGGUCAGAUGUUGCGUGACAUUGAGGAAAUAAGUAAAGCCCUUUACUUGAAUAACCCCUCACCAAAAGCUUUGAUUUCCACAUCCAAUGUUAGAUCUAAGUCUGCUGGAAAAACCCAUCUUUCAGAAUCAAAAUCGAAGCAGAACUCUAGAAACCUCUAUGAAGAUGUGAUGCAGAAGGAUAAGAAAUCAUCUUCAUUGUGGAAUUGGAAGAAGCCCUUAAAAGCAUUAACUCAUAUUAGAAAUCAUCGAUUUGAUAUUUGUUUCUUUCUCCAUGUGCAUUCUAUUGAAGGCUUGCCUGCCUAUUUAAAUGACUUUAGCUUAUGCGUGCAUUGGAAGAGGAAGGAUGAGGUGUUGUCUACUCGUGCAACGAGGGUUGUCGAUGGAAUUGCUGAAUUUGAAGAGACGUUAAUGCAUAAAUGUUGUGUGUAUGGUAGUAGAAGUGGGCCUCAUAAUUCAGCAAAUUAUGAGGUCAAGCUCUUCCUUAUCUAUGCUUCUGUUGUUGGCGUUCUGGGACAUGAUAUAGGGGAGCACUGGAUUGAUCUCACAAGGCUGUUACCACUUACUUUGGAGGAUUUAGAAGGGGAGAAAGGCUCAAGUAAAUGGACAACAAGCUUUAAACUUUCUGGCAAGGCUAAGGGUGCUUCUCUUAAUGUCAGUUUCAGUUUCUUGGUAAAUAGGGACAAUUUAGUUGAUUCAAGUGGCAGAAUGACUGCGUCAAAUUUUAUAAAUCUCCCAGAGAAGGGUUCAAGUGCAAUGGGACACGCUGGAGGUCUUCAUGCAAGCAAGGGGAAUGGGAUGCUUGAGCAUGUUGGGACUGUUCCAAGUACUGUAAACCGCAGGUCUAAUCUGUCAUCUCUGUCUGUUGAUGUAAAGUUUGGUACUGAAAUAUUGCCAAAUUUGGGACUGGAACUUUCCAAAUCAAUAAGUUGUUUAUAUCAGAAACUUAAUGAAGGGAACUUACACAGUUUGUCAGGCUUAGAUAAAUUUUCUGAACAUGUGGAGCCACUCAAACCUAAUUCUGAAUCUGCUAAAGUUAUAGAUGGGUAUGAAAACAUUGAGUUUUUUGUUACUGAACAGGGUGUAGAAAUGUGUCAGAAAGAUCCAUCUAAUCCUGAACAAAGUGCUAUCCAGACUAUUGAUGGUUUUGCCAUUGAAACUAUCAAUGUGGAUGAGAUCCUUAAAGAUUGUGAAACAGAUGCUGAUGGGGAGGCAGGACAUGUUUUAAAAGUCCACAGUUCCAGUAGUUGCAUGGAGGAGGUUAUGGUAGAUGACUGCAUGCAAGAAAAGAGUAAUUUAUGUUCCAAACCAUUGACUGUGCAAGAGCUGGAGUCAGCUUUUCAUGACAUAUUGAUUAUACAAUCAUCAGUAUCAGAAUCUACAUCUGGUUUGGACGAGUUUAUUGAGCAUGAAAAGUAUAUGGAUGUUAAAUCAGAUUACAAGUCUAGCAAAUUGACAAAGAAAUCACUAAGUUUGGAUGACUUUGCUGACACUGUGGCUAGUGAUUUCUUAAAGAUGCUGGAAAUUGAAUAUGAUCCAUUUAGCUUGAAUUCUGAUGAUGCUCUUGAAUCUCCUAGAGAGCGUCUGUUGAGAGAGUUUGAAAAUGAAGCUCUAGCUUCUGGUGGCUUCAUCCUAGACUAUGAUGCAGGGGGAGAGGAAGAAAUUGGUUCCACCACUCCUGGUCCUUGCUGUGGGGAUAGUUAUGAAGAUUUUGCUUUCUCUUCAGUUUUACUGCCCAGCAAAGAGGAGAAGAUUGAAAGUCAGUCACUGAAAAAUGGAAGGAAGAUCAAAAUGCUCGAAAACUUGGAGACUGAAGCUUUGAUGCGUGAGUGGGGCCUAGAUGAGAAGGCAUUUCAAAGUUCUCCGCUUGUUCAAACCGACGGAUUUGGAAGUCCAAUUGCACUUCCACCAGAACAAGGUGAACUACCUCCACUCGGAGAUGGCUUUGGACAUUUCAUUCCGACAAAGGAUGGAGGUGUUCUGCGAUCUAUGAAUCCCUCACUUUUUAGAAAUUGUAAAAAUGUUGGGCACUUGGUCAUGCAAGUAUCUAGGGCAGCUGUGUUUCCUGCAGCAUUGGGUACUGAUAUUAUGGAGAUAUUACAAAACUUGGCUUCACUUGGAACUGAGAACCUGUCCUUGCAGGUAAGUAAAUUAAUGCCUUUGGAGGAUAUUACUGGGAAAACAUUGCAACAAAUUGCACUGGGAGCUGCACCUAGCGCUGUUGUGCCAAAGAGGAGUAUCAAUUUGCAGCAAGAAUCACUAAGUGAGCAUGAUUCAUUUGAUCAGAGAAAGGAAGUUGAAGGAUUUCAAUUUUGCUGGAGUUAUGAUAAUCUGAGCUCAGGCCUCAUAGGUGAUGAGAUGGCCCCAGGUUGUGUGUCUCUAGAAAACCUUGCUCCAUCUGCCAUGAAUAGGAUUGAAGCCCUGGCGAUAGAGGGUCUGAGAAUUCAAUGUGGCAUGUCAGAUGAGGAUGCUCCAUUAAGCAUGAGUCCUUUUUCAUCUAGCAAUACGUCACUUAUUACAGGGAAGGAUUCGAAUUUUGGUAAGUUUCUCAGUUUGGAGGGAGCUGCAGGUUCAUGGUCUCUGGAUUUCAGAGACAAUGUUGAUUAUGUUAAUAGAUUAAUGUGCCUUUCUAUAACAUUGGAUGAGUGGUCACGGCUCGACACUGGAAUUAUUGGUGAUGGAGACCAUAUUAGUGACCAGACAAUCCAGAUCCUUGAGGCUCAUAAAGCCAAGUGCAUUGAUUUGGCUAGUGGAAUAUUGGCACAACAUGUUAACUUGGGUGAAGCAUCUGGUAGAAAGCAUGGGUUGUUGGGGAACAACUUUACACUAGCUGUCAUGUUGUUGCUUAGAGAUCCCCUUCGAAACUAUGAACCAGUUGGCACUUCAAUGAUUGCUUUAAUUCAAGUGGAGAGGGCUUCUGUCCCUCUAGAGCAACGAAUCUAUAGCACAGUGCCGGAAGGAAAUAACGAAGAGAACCCUGAAUCAGAGGCGGAGGAAAAAGAAGAAUGUACUCCAUUUUUCAAAAUCACUGAGGUCCAUCUUGCAGGGUUAAAUACUGAUUCCGAUAAGAGGCAUAUUUGGGGUACCAAAGCACAACAACAGUUUGGAACCCGCUGGUUGCUUGCUAGUGGCAUGGCUAACUCCAAUAAGAAUACAUUUUCAAAGUCAAAGGCCAUUGUAAGAUUCAACCCACCGGUGAUGAGAAAGAUGCAGGCUGGGAAUUUUCUUUGGAGUUUAACCUCUAAUGUUCAUGAAGAAGGAACUAGUUGGAAUGAAUUGGCCGAUUUGGGUCCACAUUCUCGAAACCCUAAUAUCAUUUUUUCAAAUUAAAGUGUCAAACUUGUUGUAGAUUGCAGUUUUUGACUACUCAUUCUGAAAAUGUCUUUAUUUGUGAAGUUAACAGAGUGUAGGCAUUUUCUUUAUUCCUGAAUGUGUCAACUUUUCUACAGCCAAAGUUGUCAAAAUUGUACAGCUCAAUAGGAAUCUAUUUUGUAGUUGCAUAUCCAUUUCACAUGUAAUCAACUCAAGUCCAAUUGAUAAAUGAAGCAUGUAGCUAAAGUU